AUGACUGGCAGAGGACCGACUAUUAUACAUCCCCCAUCAAGAAGGGAAUCAAACCUGCACCGACGACGGCAGAGUGCACCGCCAGCUAGCAAAAACUUAACGGCCAGCGGACCCAGCACCGGUCGAGACGACGGAUACAUCGAGAAACUUUACAAAUUCAACGAAUGGCGCGCUAAUAAGCGACUGGAAAGGAUCAGUGAAGGUUGUGCACUGUCAUCGCCGGAUCGCAGGAUUCCAAGCGUAAUCGAGGAAGAGAAAACUUCCGACUGCGGUGAAAUCAGUGACUUUAGUUCGGAUGUGGAAGUGACCAGCGACGAGCGAAGAGUGUUGAAUAAAAAAUUGGAUCUACCCAAGAGCCCCAGAUAUACGAGACACCGUCAAGAAGGUUGUGUUCCCAAAAAACCGAAACGGUCGGUGGAGUUCUACAGAAAUAUCAACAGAAUACCUGAAAAUGGUGACUGCAGUCUCAAUAAUGAGAAAAACAACAACAAUAUCACCAACAAUAAGGUCGAUAGGUAUUCACUACCGGCUGUAAUGCCGGGAUCAGGCAUUCCCAAAAGAAACAAGAUGAACCAUUCCAAACCGUACAACAAUACAAUAUACGAAAACGAGCGCGAAGAGUUCGAACAGAUGCAUGUUCAUGACACUCUUGGAGAUAUCAGCGCCAUACAAAGUCCACCCAGCAGGUUUUUCAAAGAGAACUCCAGCCCGUAUCCUAACAUGAGCACUGCGUAUCAAACGUCGGUGACGACGAUCGUGGAAAGCACGCCAAAGAAAGAAGUAAACCUCCUGCAAAAAUCCGCACGCUCUCGUCGUUAUAAGGAAAAACCGGCCCCUCCUCCACCUUCGAUGCCCGCUUGCGAACCCCCUACCGCAUCGCAAAGGAAGCACAACCGUACCUUCGAUCAUGAUUCCGAAUCUCCAUUCACCGGUUCCUAUCGGAAGUACGACAUCAACUCAUCGUCCAUUUACGACGAACACGUAAUUUCAUCCCGAGCCUAUCGAGGGGACAUGAAAUCUCAAAACUACAGCCCAAAAAGCCCUGCCACCAAAGCAAAACGCAAAUCCCCUUCCUACCAAACGGUGAUCAACAAGCACGGCGAUUUGGUAGACUACGCUCUACCGUUCAGUGAUCCAAACGAUACCAACUCGGAGCUGAAUUGUUCCAAACAAGACGAGCUGCUGCUGAGCAGCGAUUUGCGUGCGUGCGAAGAGGUCAUCAACGAAAAUUUCCGAUUUUUGAACAGUGACCUGCAGCCGUCCACUCUGGUGAUUGACGACAGCACGAGUAUGAUCACGGAACCGAUUAGCGUACUGAAAGAACGUGCCCCGAAAAUCGUUACCGACCUGGAUCGGUCCCAUCAGAGUACAAUCCAAGGCGAUGGCCCCAAUCUGGACGAAGUUGAUCUGGUAAUUCACGAACCACGGGACAUUCUACUGGAGCUGGAUUCGUUGGAGCGGUGGAGCAAAAACAUUCAGAUAUCGGACGAUUUUCUGCAGAAGCAAUUCACCGAAAAAAACCUGCUGGAUUAUUUCCAGCGAGCUUCGAACCAACUGUUGAUUUGCUGGCCGAAGGAGGUACACUACCGAGUCGGAGCGCUACGGAGCAGCUUUAUGGCACCGUUGGAAUUUUCCUGCGGUCUGUUCCGGAAGGCACCGGUCACGCUGCGGAAGUAUUCACUUAACGUGGAACGCAAUCUGUACUUUGCCGAGGAGGCUUGCAAGCGAGACUUUGAACUGCUCAGUCAGAUCAAGCACCAUGCAAUCGCCUCGCUGAUGGCGGUCUGCCACGAUGCCGGCCUGAACCAGGCUACCCUGAUUCUGGAGCCGUUCGAUUUUACGCUCUUCGACUACAUGCAUAAGAUGAACAAACGUUUAUCUCUGCUGCAUGCCAUCACCGUGGUGCAGCAAAUCUCCCUGGCGGUUUCGUACCUUCAGGAGUGCGGCUACAUUCACUCGAACAUCUCCAGCGGCAGCAUCCUAAUGCGUCGGUAUCCGUACAGCGUGAAAUUAACAUCCUUCGAGCUGACGACCGAGGCAUCCGACGUGAUACGGAAGGAAAUCGAAGAACGUUACGGUAGUACGUCGUCUUCCCGUAAUUCAAUGACCUCCUCACAGCAGGAAGAGAUGAAAAAGAUCACCACCUAUUCGCGGUUUAUUAAAAAUGACGAGCAAUUCUUGCGCGAUAAGUAUCGAAAGCGUUCGAAGGAAGUGUCGGAGAAUCGAAGCAAACGUUCGAUCGGUGCUCUCGUGGACGAAACCGGAUCGUACGAUUGUCAAGCCGGCCGGUACCUGCCAUACUGUAAGGACUAUCGGGAGAAGUUUUCCCUAUUCUAUUACGUCGCUCCGGAGCUGCUCGUUCCGAAGUGUAACUUCGUGUUUCCCACCAAAAGUACCGAUGCGUAUUCGCUCAGUCUGCUGCUGUGGGAAAUCCUUAACGGCUAUAUUCCAUUUGUGGUGUACAGCCGGCAGGAGUUGGAGAAACUUCAAGUAUCUGCCAGUUUGCAUUUACCAACGUUCGAAAAGGAGCGCUGUGAUCGUUUCCGACAGAUUUUUGAUAAUGGAUUAGCGAAUCUCAAUGGAAGAAAACUGACGGUUGUUGAUGUUUUGGAUACCAUGGAAUGUUUGCUGAUUGAGCAAGGUUUGGAUAAGGCGGAGCGGGUGAAUGGAUUUGCGGAAGACUACGAAGAGCAAUCGAAUACGUUGGAGAUUAGGAAGAAGAAUGAGCUGAAUGACAUUCGGAAGCAAAAUGCCGUUCAGAAAACGGAAAAGAUUUACUUCCAAAGCUCUAACUCGAAUGUGGAAAACACGGCGAAAGCAUCAAAAGGUUCGAUGGAAACGGUUACGCCUAAACGUUCGAAGCAGCAACCCAAGAAACCGGCUCGUAAGAUAAACAAAAGUUCGCAACAGAAGGAACCGAAGGAACAGGAAGGUGAACCGAAGAAUAAGAAAUCACCGUUUAGCUCUAGCUCGGGAAUCUAUCAAACCAUAUUUGAUUUUAAUAACAAAUUUCUCACACCGCGAUCGUCGAAACAAAUUAUUUACGAACGAACCAGCACAGUUAAGAAGCCGAAAAAGUCUUCGCGGACAACCAAACAUGCCGCCAAAGAUCUGUUCGAACCUACGCCGGGAAGGGAAAGCUCCGAUGGUUGUCGCCCAUUGAGUAUCGGAGAGUCUGUGGACGGUUUUCCACCUAGCGGUACACUAGAAACUCUGGAAGGUUAUUGUAAGGAGAGCCCAGCUAGGGCGAAUUUAAAUUACGAAAAGUCCAAGUUCCUGAGAGAAAUCAUUAUGGACCAAGAGCCCAGCUACGAUCGUUCCAAUCAAUUCCAACAAAUAGAUACCUCUAAAUCGUGUGACAGUUCUCCUGGCACCAAGCGUAGGAGCUACUCGUCCAAGCUGUCGAACUCGCUAUCGUUCAAUUUUACGCUCCCCGAUACACCCAUUGCUAGAAAGAACAAGAUCCGCAAACACGCUUGGCUUUCCGACCAGAAGCUGGUGAUUAAGGACGAAAAUACGUCUACACCUGUAACGCCCCAAGGACGGCGGUCUAAUUCGUUGUUUAAUGAUCUUAGUUCGCAAGCAAACCGCGACAGCCAUUCCCAAGGAGCGCUCUGCGCUCCGCUAAAUCUAAACAUUUCCUCUUCGAUGCAGGAAAUUAAACCGAAAAAGAUCAACAUUAGCGUGAACAUAAUCCGAACGCCGAGUAUGAGCGAGAAAUUGAAAGCCCAUAGUCAGGAGUUCAACAAAACUACACCGGCAAUUGUGGACUUAGAUAUUGGGAAAUCUGUGGUCGUAGAUUCCACUAAGCGAACCGAACAGGCUGAUCCCACACCGGAGAAUGUCUUCGAAGGUACACUGUGGAAAAAGGAGAAACAAAUUUGCGAACGAACGCAGCUACAACACUCGGCUGAUAACAUCGAUGAAAACGAACAAUCCGAAGAGCGUUCCGCCCACCUGACUUCGGUUCGCGAUAUGAUCCAGAAGAUUGAAACAACCUUCGAAAACACCGGCUUUGACUACAGUCCAAAUCGUAAAACUGAACAUUCUAAAAAUCCUUCAACUGACGAAAAACCAGCCUGCGAGGAUUCGAUGGUUGUAGCGGAAAACCUACUCAUCCCAACCAAAGUUUUGGAGCUGGAAAAAACGAUCGAGCAGUGCGCGGUGGAGGACGAACCGAAACGAACGGUCACUCGACUGGAUGUUGUCCUUACCAACAACACAUCGAAGAAGAGGGAACAACUCCUGCAGCAUCAAAAUCAACCAGCCUUGCCGGAAUCCUCGGCAUUCAGUCCAAACUCUCAGCUCUUCCUGCGACGUAGAGCCAGCAACGCCGGAAACCUUAUUCAACGCACACUGUACCGUGAAAGCAUCGUUUCCAGCGCGGACUUGCCGGGGCUGGACCAGGUCGGCAGCCCGGCGCCGUCCAGUUCUUCGGGAAGUAUCCGCAAGAAAAAACUAACCACCCGAGUAACGGUAAAUAUGCGCAAAAUUUCACGCCGUGCUUCGGACAUCGGAACCAGUCCGGCCACUUCGCGGCCCAGUUCAGUCAUUCUGGACGAAGACGUUCCGUCGUCCGGUUACAUUACACCGGUGGCCGGUGGUACGGCCGGGAUUCGACAUUCAUGUGCCGCCGAUAUGCUGAAGGUCUUCUCCAAGCUGCGUCCUUUGCAAGCCAAGCAGGAAAGCUCUGCCGAAGCGGUCGCGGACCCCGACGGGCGCGCUGUUGAACGUCGAACGCUGCGCACCCCGACCCCGGCUACUGGCCGACUGGAAAAGCUAAUUUGCUGCAACUGCGGCAACUCAACGAUGGUGCCAGCUGAUAGUUUAACUGUACCAACCGGAAGCCGCAUCGGAAUGUCAGCCGCAUUCGGUGAGUUGAAUUUUCCGCGCGAAAGCCUAGCUUCCAUGUUCGAGGACAACCGCGGAUUGGUACCGUCCGGAAGACCAUCGUCACGGAACACUCUCUCAGCAACACCGACUGCAAAAUCACUAGAGGACCUAUACAUCGAUGAUGACUUCUGCCAGGGGCUGGGCUUGGGCGCCAACAUGGAACUGGUCGCGUUCGUCGACGACGGGCACUAUCUGGACGAGUUCGGGUACGAUAUUUACGCGACGGAGGAGAUCUACGAUGCGAGCGGUGAUGAAGGGAAGUACGACGACAAACAGGACGGGCAGCCGCUCGCUGAGGGUGGCGCAAGCCAGGAGGAGCUACAAUUCAUGAGCAAAUGUGCCGAUCUAAAUCCGAUCAGUUCCGAGAUUAUCGAGUUUUCACCGAGCAGUAACGGUGAACGAUUGGAUAAACCGUUUGACGACGUCCAACCGGACGAAAAUGAGUGA